AUGGCCUCUGAAGGCUCGUCUUCGGCCGCGCGCCCUGCGCCAGAGGCUGUUUGUGACCACCUGUCCGUAAAUCUACAGGUGCUGUCGCCCUCAACCGCAGCGAACUACAACCGGCCCUUGGUGUUUCCUGGCCUCGCGGCCACGACGACCGUUGGACAGCUCAAGGAAAAGAUUCGCCAGGCUCUUCCACUGAAGCCGAGCGAUUCUCAACAACGACUUAUCUAUCGCGGACGAGUCUUGCAACCGGACGGGGAGACUCUCCUCGGCGUCAUCGGCGAGGAAGUCAUUCGCACCACCGACCAGCAGACAAUUCACCUCGUGCUUCGAGAUGUCGCCGAACCCCAGCCCUCCACGGCCCCUACUCCGGCAGUCGCUAGGGGCACGAGCCCGGCGCCGCCGGCUGCUCAUUUCCACCACGCCUUUGGCCAGCCUCACCAGGCACAUCACCACGGUAGUCAGCCUACAGCGGCAACCUUCACGAGACGAGCCCCGUUGCAUCCCGCCGCGAAUAACCCCCUCCCUUUCGUGACGCCGUCCCAGAUACCCGCGAACUUGACGCCGCAGCAGCUCCAGCAGAUCCAGAUGCAACAGCACCAGAGCAUGGCCGCGUGGAUGAAUGGGCUGCAACGCGAGGCCAUGAACAGGGCCAUGGCAAACCAGCAGAUCAAUCAGAAUCAAGCGAUGAGAGCUUCCGUGGGCAUGCAUGGUGCCGGCGAAACACCCGCCGCCGCUCCCAAUCCCGCGGAAACCACUCGCGGACGGGCCAGCCCGCUAAACAACCCAGACGUGCAAAUGUAUGCCAGGGAGGGUCUCAUGCCGAACGGCCAGCCGUACCGCGUAACGGUCAAUGAGACCUUGCUUGGCGGAUCGCUGAACGUCCUUCAACCCGGUGGCCAGACCACCACCACGGCUCUGUCGCCUGUCGAUGUGCAGAACAUCCUCCGAGCAGCUGAUACCAACCAAGCGACUUUGGUCAUGACGAAUGCCAUGCAGAGAAGCGCCUCCAGCACCUCUAUCGCCAACGGCGGCUCCUCCGUGGGUGUCACCACCCCUUACUACCCCACACCCGGUUCUAGAGCCAGCAGCAGACGGCCCACGCCUGAUCCAACUGCACGCUCAGUCAGCGGUGGCAGCAGUCACUCUGCGAAUGCUCAACGGCAAGCACAGUCUGGCCCAGAGGUUUAUAUUCUGUCCUCGCCCCAGGGCCCGCGAGCCAUCUUGAUCAACAACGCCACGGACUCCUACUAUACCCCUUCUGCCAGGAUGCCGCUUCACAACACUUCAGCUCUCCACCCAACGGCCUCGGCUCUUGCUAGAAUGAGGGCUCGCCCCCAGAACAUGACCUGGCCGUCAGCUUUCGUGACGCCACCAGCCCAUCAGGAAGAGCAGCAGCCGCCGCGGGCCGCCGAGCCCCAAGCAGCUCAGGCGCAGCCAGAAGCUCAGCCAUUGCUUCAGCCCCAAGCACAACCACAAGCAGCCGCCGUGCCAGCUCAUCCCAACAACCCGGGCAUCGCCCCAUUGAUUGCCCAGAUAUGGCCACACUUCUGGCUCGUUGUUAGACUCGGUCUGUUCGUGUGGUGGUUCACGUCUCCCAAUGCUAGUUGGUCGAGAUUGUUCACCGUGGUGUUCAUUGCCGUUAGCAUAUUCGUCCUGAACACGGGCCUGCUCAACAAUCGCUUCGACCAGGCUGUAGGGCCCGUCAGGCGUCAUAUGGAGAAUCUGAUUCCCCUCGCCGCGCCGAACAACGCCAAUGAACCCGUCCGUCCCCGAGAUGACCAACCGAUCGUUGGACCGAACGGGCAGCCGGACCCGACGCGCGCCGCCGCUAGACUGGUGGCGCAGCGCAGGCAAGAUAAUGCGAACUGGCUCAUGGAUCAGGUACGUCGGCUUGAGAGAGCUGGACUUCUUUUCCUCGCAAGUAUUGCACCAGGUGUUGCGGAACGCCACAUCGCCCACCUUGAGGCUGAGGCUCGCGCGGAGCGUCUGAGAAGGGAGGAAGCGGAAGCUGCUGCCGCUGCCGCCGCCACCGCAGAGGCUGCAGCAAACGCCGAGCCCCAGAACAUCGAUGAGGCGGCCGAGGACGCCGGACGCAAUGAAGUGGAGAACAGAGAUGAGGCUCGUAGAGAGACUCAUGGGGGAGAUCAGCGACAAGCGGAGGAACAGCAGCCUUUGUUGGCAUAG